AUGGCGCUGAAGAACUUCAAUGAUACUGUUAAUCUGAACAAUGCUGCAGAAGAGCUUAAUGUUCCGAAGCGUCGUUUGUACGAUAUCACUAAUGUGCUUGAAGGGAUCAAUUUAGUUGAGAAGAUCGGCAAAAACAGCAUAAGAUGGAAAACAAACGAUGGCGACGCUUCUGUGCUAGAUGCAUUGAAGAAGGAUUGUAGGGAUCUGCAAGCAGAAGAGAUUGAGCUUGAUGCUGUGUUGCUUGAUUUGACGUCCGCCGUAAAGCUUUUAAAGGAAGAUCCAACAUGCAAUCCAUACGCAUACUUGCGACUUCGAGAUUUGCGAAGCUUGGAUACACUCAAAGAACAGACUUUAAUCGCUGUGAAAUCAUUACCAGAUACGCAGUGUAGCAUUGAACUUGCUGACCUAUCGUCGACGGGAAGAUUUCAACUGAAAAUCAGUACAGAUAACUGUUCUGCCCUGAAAACUUACCUCUGUUCUUCGGAAGCUAAUAUCCAUUCUAAUGUUGAGGAUGUACUAUCUGCAAGUAAGUGAUC